AUGCAGUGGUACUUCGUGGCUGCGCUCCUCACGCUUCUGACCAGCUCGCAGGUAUGGAGACGCUGGCAGGUUUAAGUGGAUAUUUCGUCCCUAGAAUUCUAGUGCAGUGAGGAUCCGCCUGAUCCGUCUGUUAUCCAUUGUCGUCAGCUAUGCUGCGCGUUAAUCCUAGAUCUGCAUUUAUCUUUCGUGUGUUUUUGCUUCUUCAACGGGAGAAACUGGCUACGUUCCUGGACCUGCAUUUCGAAGGUCGGGGCAUGCUGCUUUCUCCGUGAAGACUGCAUCCGAUAAGGAGAUCUAACCAAGCAUUAGUAUGGUUCCGGAAGCUGGAAUAAGAAACUUGGAUUGUAAUCCCGAUUGUUCUAAUCCUAGCCAGUGUUUUGAUUUGCGUGCUUUGCUUUGGGGUUGCGUAUAUUUAGCUCCCAGUGGAAUUAUAUAAGCGUUGAUUUGAUAAUAGGGCACUGGGCAGGUGCAUUUGUGUUCUAGAGCAAGCCAUGUGCCCACGUGAAUGUGAUCUGAUGCAGGAACUUAUGCAGUGUCCCUAAACACACGCAUUCUCUUAUUUCCCCAAGUUUCGCAAUGAUUUAUGCUGGUUAGAUGUUGAAGGUAAUUUCAAAAAAAAAGUUAUCAAAGGGAACUGCGUUGAAUAAUAUCUCUUCUUUUAUUGAUUCAGGGAAUUUUGACAACGCUCUCCCAAAGUAACGGAGGUUAUAAAUAUGACUAUGCAACUGUUCCAUUCCUUGCAGAAGUCUUCAAGGUACUUCUCCCGAUGCAAUUUACUUGCAACUCUUUUGUAAUGAUACCAAUUAAGUCAGGAAUUAAAUGUGACUGUGCAUAGUUCGAUUGCUUUAUGUCCAUUAUUGUCGGGUUGUGGCGUUGACUUGUGUUAUCUUUUCCUCUUGAAUCUCAGCUUCUUAUAUCCAGUUUGCUCCUCUGGAAAGAGUGUCAGUCUUCAUCCCCCCCAAGUAUGACUACAGAGUGGAAGAGCAUUCGUUUGUUUCCAAUUCCUUCUGUCAUCUACCUUAUCCACAACAACGUUCAGUUUGCAACUUUGACAUAUGUGGAUACUUCAACAUACCAGAUAAUGGGAAAUCUGAAAAUUGUAACAACUGGGAUCUUAUUCAGGUGCUCCUCAUCAUGAUCCAUCUAGAACUCAUUUUUUCUUACCUUGUUUUAUUAGUGCUUUUUGUCUAUUGGGUGAUCUGAUCUGAGAUGAAUCUGGUUUAGAUUCACCUUUUCCACUUUAGGAUGAUUUUCCUCAGUUAAUUUUUUCUUUUCAAAUCUUAGGCUAUUCCUUAGGCGGAAGCUGUCAAAUCUUCAGUGGAUGGCAAUCAUUCUGUUGACUGUUGGGACAACAACAAGCCAGGUCAUUUUCCAAAGCUUUCCUCUUGUCUUUUCCUUACACAAUGAGUAUUUGUCAUAGUUAUUUUUAUUAUAUUCAUAGUAGCAACCGGAAGUAUGGUCUCGUUUACUGCUUCUGGAGUAGUGACUUUGUAGCUCAUAUUUUUGUGGUUUAAAAUUUCAAAUGAGAAAAGAACGAAUUCUAUAAUGCUUUUUCUAUUUUGGACGUCCAAAGCAUCGUAUUCAACUGUUCUGAAGUUUCAAUGGUUGCAGAAAAUGCUGGUUGAUUGAUGUUUUAUCCCUUAGUGGCCUUAUUAAGUACUUUGCCAUAAGUUCUCUUUUGCUGGAGGUUUCUGUUGUGGCUUAGUUUCUUUCAAAUGCACAUAAGAAGAUUCUUCUGUGUGGUAACUUUCACUGGCCUGCUUUUCCAUUGGCAGCUACCUUUUUCUUUAUAUAUAUGCUGCAUUUUCCAUUUUCUGUUAAAGGUGUGGUUCUACUUGCAUUAACAGACAGAACUGCCGAGUAAAUCAGCUGACCUAAAAGAAAGAAUGUACUGUAAUACAGGUUCCUUGAUCGAGUACUAUUUCCUCUAUGGAACGGAAGUUAUUCAUUUUUGGCCUCUUGAUUUCAGGUGAAAAGCUGUGGGGAGGCAUCAUGUGAAUCCCUUUUCUCAGCACCUGUACGAGGUUACAUGCUGGGAAUCCUAUCUGCUUGUCUUUCAGCACUGGCAGGAGUUUACACUGAGUUUCUGAUGAAGAAAAACAAUGACAGCUUGUACUGGCAGAAUGUACAAUUAUAUAUGUACGCAUCCUUACAGCCCCACUUAAAUAUGCUUCCAUUCCCUUAAGUGAGGCAUGCUUCGAAUCAGUAAGAUUGAUGAAGUCGCAAUUAAAGCAAAAAUAGCCAAUUGGAAAGUAAUAGUCAUGCUUGUAAUCCUCCAAGCUACCAACAAAUAAGCUAAACCAUUUGAUCCCUAGCAAUUUUCAUUGCAGUCAAUUGAUAAAACUGUAUAUGCGCCAUCCGUUGUUUCUUCAAAAGGGCCACAAUGAGUAACGUGUUUCUUUCUUUCUCUGUUCACUGAAUGCUCUUUUCCAGGUUCGGUGCAAUCUUUAACAUGCUACGACUUCUCUUAGAUGAUUUUAGAGUUGGAUUUGAAAGAGGACCAUGGUGGGAACGACUUGUUGAUGGGUACUCCAUCACCACAUGGUUGGUUGUACUUAAUUUGGGAUCCACUGGAUUACUGGUUUCAUGGUUGAUGAAAUAUGCAGAUAACAUCGUCAAGGUGAUUUUUUAUCGAGUUGUCUUUUACUUCUACAUUAGAGCUAUGUCAUCUAUUCCAGUUUAUAUAGUGGAAAUUGUUUACUGGUUUGUUCCCAUUUUAAGAUCUCUUUUUUUCUUCCGUCUCUUAAUCAAAAUCAUGAUCAUGGACGAUGGAAUUGAGUGUCAAUGUUCACUGCAGUGAACAUGAAAUGCAUUUGCAACUCUGUCACUAUAAAUUUCCUGUAGAUCAGUUCUAAUGAGUCAAACAAUCAUCUUUCCUUUGUGUCACUUUGUUAUUUGAAUGUUAAUCUAUAAAUUCUUCCUGAAUCAAAGAUGUUUUAGUUAUCUCUUAUGUAUAAAACGUCUCAACAACCUUUUUGAGUAAUCUCUGUAGUCUACAUAUUUUUCUUCCCUUCCUUCAGAUAUGUUCAUUUUCAUUUUUAACAACAAAAACUUACAGAAAUUAAUUUACAUCUGAACUAACCAGCUCUGGGUGCAACAUUAACUGCGCAUCUAUGCCUAAUAUCAUAUCCAUCAGUAAACACUUGGUUCAUACUCAUGUCAUGUUUAGAAACCUAUUCAUGGUUUUGAGGCAUGUCUGAGCAUGCAGAUGAGGCAAAGGUGCUUAUCGACAAACCAAACUUCUAUAGAGGUACACUCAUUGCUGCAGAUUGUUGAGCUUACCUAGCAGUUGUCAGAGGUGUUUUGACCUUUAUACACCAGCGAUCCACUGCGUGAUCUCUUAAUAUACAAAUGCAGCCAGUGAUUUCCGUGAUUAAAAGAUUUGGGAUACCAACUUGGGUAUGUGGAGGUGGGUUUUUGAGUUCAAAGUCGUAGACCAAGUACGAUCGAGGUGGAUUUUAAGUAAUGUCGGCAGUCUGGAGUAAAGACCAAGUACGAUUGUGUAGAUAUGAAAUAUCUCAGUUCUUUGAGCAGGUUUCGGUUUAGAUCUGGAGUAUCUCAUUUCCGUUACAGAUAAGCGGCUGGGCAGUUUUCUUUUGUAAAAUUAAUUAAUUAAUAUUUUACUUUGAAUUUCACAUUUCAUUAAAUAUUUUGAAAAAUAGACCUAUUUUAGUUUCUGUAGUCUUUCUUUUUCUUUUCCUGGUUGAAUGCAUAUUUCCUUUUGAUGGGACUGAACAACUUGGAGACAAUCCUAUUCUGUAGUCCAUGUGACGAAAUGUGGAUGGGAAUGGGCAUUGAAACGAGAAGUUUUGAAACCAUGUUUCACAUAUAAUCGCAUUCUACUUUCCUGCUGUUUAGAGUAAUAAGAGGUACCAAGAAUAUUCAUGUUCAUCCUCAUAAGCUUUUAUAAAAAAAUUCUUAUUAGUGUUUUUAUGUGGGCAUCCGGAUGAUUGACCAAGUACUGAUAGAUUCCAAUAGAAGCAAAAUCAUUUUAUCUAAGAGUGGAAAGAAUGAUUCCAGUACCUAAGCCAAGGUGAGAGGGUCUGGAUAAGAGAAGGGAGAAUAGUAAACUUGUCACAUAUACUUCUUUCAUUCAACGAUUAACACUUUUGAGAGAUACCCAUAUCUGGUCAAUUGGCACCACUCUACCAUUCUCUCACCUCUCCUUCUCUUUUUUUUUAUCUCCCUCUCUCUCUUCUCUCUCUCUCUCUCUCUCUUCAGGUUUAUUCAACAUCAAUGGCGAUGCUGCUGACAAUGGUCCUGUCUAUAUUCCUUUUCAACUUCAGGCCCACUCUGCAGGUGAAAAGUCCCGUUUAUGUGCCGUCUGCUUGUUUUUCAUUUCAGGGUCAUUAUUCAUGCGCUCCUCACCCCCCUCGCAGCUUUUCCUGGGCAUCAUUAUCUGCAUGAUGUCACUCCACAUGUACUUCGCCCCGGCCAGGAUGCUCAUUGAUCUGCUGCCCGCCUCGAAAGCUCCGCCCGAGCCUCUAAACGAAGUUGCCAUCACAAAAACGGAUGAAUCGUGA